AUGCCAGACACUGAACAACAUAAUGGUUCUGCCAUGGUAAUCCUGAAGAAAAAAGACCGCUUUUCACAGGUGCGUUUCUUCAUGGAUAACCUGAAGAAACUGUUCAAGGUGGAUGACAUUACAGAUUCCAAUAAGCUUUUACAACAAUUGAAAACGCAAGUACCUGUUACUGCCAGAGGUCGCUUUACCAACACAGUGACAGGAAAUUUGGACGGCUGUCGUGGACACGACAACGACUACGGAAAACUCAUCAACAAUCUGUUUGAGCAAGUCGAAAAUGCGGGUUGUUCAUCACAUCAACAGUUAUGGACCACUCUUUACCAUAUAAGUGACUAUGGGAGUUACGACUGUAUGGGCGAUAUGAUUUACAGAGCUGUUGAGAGGUAUCAGGACGCUGCCCACGACCCAUGUGUCUGCGAAGAAACAACGACAACGCCAAAGACAACAACAACUACUACUCCUACGACUACCACCACCACGACAACAAAACCAACUACUUCUUCUACCACAACAUCAACAACAACUACAUCAACGACGACCAUACCGACUACUACAGCUCCUGUCUUCAAACACACUUGUGAUCCACAUAAAGUAAUAACUAUACUGGCUCACGCACAAAUAGUCACCCACCCUGAUGCUCACCCGUGCUCUGACGUGCAAGUUGGAACGAACGAGGAUCUCGUGCUGAACGCUUGUAAUCUUACCGCGCCGACAACUUGGACACGUGGUGUCAAUGUGGGUUCCAUUUACUCCAAUUCCAAUUUGUUUUCGCCUCUAACUAUUUUGUAA